AUGUAUCGUACUCCAACCAGUGAUAGACUUUUAACCACUAAAUCCCGUGAAAAGUUGCUCGAUAGGAUUGAAUAUGCGUCGGAGCACGUGCUGUCACGUGAUCAAGUACAAAAUGAACUGUUAAAAACUAACCGUGCAGUGAAAACCGAAUCAAAUGCAGUGUCAUGUGAAUCAUCAUCAUCACAUCUCAAGCGGAAGCAGCUUGAAUUAGCUGCAGCAGAGGCCAAGGCGAAGAUCGAAAAGGAACUUAUCGAUAAACGCCUGGAAUGCGAGUUAGCUAUGGUCACAGAUGAUAAGUGUUCAUAUAAAAGCCGUACAAAGACAAGUAAGAGUAGGACUGUCAGCAUUGACGGAAGGCAGUCCAACGUUGAGCAUUGGCUGGAGCAGAGUAAUGUUCAGCCGUCACCAGUGGCAGCGGCAACGGCCACGGAGGCAGCGCCGGCACCUAUUGUCACGGAUCCCCGCCGCGCGCCUGCCCCUGACCUGCCCGUCGACGUGCAGCAAGAGGCGGACUUAUCACCGGCAGCUGAGAGUGAGUCAUCGCGCGGCGAGACCGUGGCGCACGUCGCCGCCCCGAGCGCGCCGGCUGCGCGCGCGCCGCCCGGCCGCACCGGCGGCGCCGGCGGCCGCCCUGCGCCCCAGUCAGUGAGUGAAGUGCUACUCAAAGUGAUCAAAGUCAAUCUUAGUGGCCCUAAGGGCAUAGUGAGUGCGUAUGCGUUAUUAGAUGACGGUGCAUCCGUUUCGUUAAUCGAUAAGGACUUGGAGAUGAGGAGACUUUUUGACAACGGCUACGCGCGGGAACUGCAGGUAAAUGAACCCUCGCCUAGUCACACAUGGUAUUUGUCACAUUUUGGAGUCCAAAACCCUAACAAGCCUGGAAAACUGAGGUUAGUGUUCGAUUGUGCAGUCCGUCCCGGCCGCAGCGCUCGCGCCAACUGCCAUAUAGGGAUAUUNACUCUGGGAUUGAUGUGGUAUCCAAGUGAUGAUUGUUUUGGUUUUAAAAUACAUUUGGAUCGCAUUUCACCUAACAUUUUGAAUGGCACCGAGCCGCCUACAAAAGCUCAAAUGUUAAGUAUUAUAAUGUCAGUUUAUGAUAUUCACGGGUUUCUUUCUCCGUUCAUAAUAAAAGGUAAAAUUAUAUUUCAAAAUGUACAUCGCAGUGGUGUUGAAUGGAAUUGCCGCAUCCAAUCCGAGGAGCAUGCUCUGUGGGUUAGUUGGCUUAAUGAUUUGCAAAGCCUACGGUUACUUCGCAUUCCACGUUUUUAUGGCAAUGCGCGUGAGUGGGUGUCUUGCUACACAGAUGAACAUAUGUUAUUAUACAACGCAAAUAAUAUCAAUGAAUACGAUAUCGUUGAUAAACAAAUGCACAUUUUUUGUGAUGCUUCCGCUAAAGCUUACGCAGCGGUAAUAUAUUGGCGUUUUACACGUUUAGACGGGCAUGUUUUAGUGUGUUUUGUUGCCAGCAAAUCUAGGGUUAGUCCUUUAAGGCCAGUUUCCAUUCCAAGGCUGGAAUUACAGGCCGCGCUCUUGGGUUCUAGACUGGCGGCGACUAUACAGCGAGAACACAAAGAUACACAGCCUGUAAAACGAUAUUUUUGGACGGACAGUAGCACGGUCCUUCAGUGGAUCCGAUCUGACCCUCGUAGCUAUAAGCCUUACGUGGCUCAUCGCCUGGGGGAGAUCGACGAGCUAACCAAGUCGUGUGAAUGGCGACACGUACCCACUGCUGUCAACGCGGCUGACUUGGCCACACGAGAGGACGCUCCUCCGCUUGCGUACUCUAGUGACUGGUUCCAAGGUCCGACUUUUUUACGGUGCUCUGAAGAUCAUUGGCCUAAAGACCGUAAGUUCACUAAGGCAUUAGAGCACGCAAAGUGCGAGGAGCGGAUAGUAAAUGUGAUAGUGGAUAGUGACUCAUUAUUAUCUUUGCCCAAUGAAGAUAAUAUUUCGAGUUGGACCACACUCGUGCGCGCCACAGCAAGGGUUUUACUGUUCAUUAGAAGAUGUCAGCGUAAGGAUUGCAAGCUUGACAUGCUUCUAAUGAAGGAGGCAGAAGACCUUCUAAUAAAAAAAUGUCAACAUGAUUGUUUUGCUACAGAAGUUUCUUGUCUUAAGCAAAACAAUCAGCUGCCACGUAAUAGCCGUCUGUUACAAUUAACCCCAUAUCUGGAUGAAACUGGCAUUAUGCGUGUUAACAGUCGCGUCGAGUCGGUAGCAGGCAUCGAUCAUGACACACGAAGGCCAGCGAUACUAGACGGAAAGCACAGAAUUACACAUUUGUUGGUGGAACACUUUCAUAAACAAGCACAUCAUGGUGCGAAUGAACUUGUCGUAAAUAACUUACGGCAGCGCUAUUGGGUGCUGAAACUCAGACCAACUGUGCGUUCCAUUGGAUCACGAUGCUUAUACUGUAGGUAUAGGCGAGCAACGCCACAGCCCCAGCGCAUGGGCGACCUGCCAGCUGCGAGGCUACAACAUAAUAGGCGACCUUUCAGUCACACUGGUGUGGAUUUCUUUGGCCCACUCGAAGUCACAGUUGGACGUGGGAGACAGAAAAGGUAUUGCAUGCUAUUUACUUGCUUGACUAUUAGAGCAAUACAUAUUGAAGUGACAGAAAACCUAACUGUCGAUUCCACAAUCAUGGCUCUUAGGCGAAUGGCUGCUCGUCGCGGUAUGCCACAGGUAAUCAUAUCAGACAACGGCACUAACCUCAGAGGCGCCGACACGGAGCUGAAGCGCAGUAUCGCUCAACUAGACCAGGAGGCAGUGCGCGAGGCCGGGGUUGUCCGAGGCGUGGAGUGGAGGUUUAUUCCGCCUGGUGCGCCUGAAAUGGGUGGAUCUUGGGAGCGGAUGAUCCGCACAGUCAAGUCCUCUUUGAAAGUAGUUUUAAAAGAGCGUGCACCUCAUACUGAAACCUUGUUGACGCUGCUGGCUGAAGUCGAGGCGUUAGUUAAUGGUCGUCCGAUUACUCAUGUUUCGACUGACCCGAACUAUCCUGAAGCUCUCACUCCCAACCAUUUUUUAAUUGGUUCAUCAUCCCCUAGUGCUCAGUUUGGUAGGUAUGAUAACUCAGAUCUCACUCUUAGGAAACGCUGGCGUGUAGCUCAAAGACUCACCGACAUGUUUUGGACACGAUGGGUGAAAGAGUAUUUGCCCACCUUAAUCCCUCGCCAGAAAUGGACCACAGAGUCUAGACCACUGCAGGUCGAUGAUUAUGUCAUUCUUAUUGAACCGCACUUGGAACGUAGUUGCUGGCGACACGGUGUUGUGAGUGCGACCCACGCGGGCCGCGACGGCCGCGUCCGCGUCGUAGACGUGCGCACACGCACCGGGGUGCUGCGCAGGCCGGUAACGCGCGUCGCUCUACUUUCACCACGGGAUGAUAGUGCUUAGUCAGCACUAAGGAGGCAGAGUUGUAGGCGACGCACCACAUAUUCGUACUGUGCUCAUGAAUUGUACUGUUUUUAUUAUUCUCUUGUCUAUC